CUUUAUUACGAGCGAAACUCCUUUUUGCGAYGUUUGUUUUACGCAUGGUCAUUUGGGACGGGAAGGCCGAUGCCUUUCCAAGGCGGAAUCAGUCAGAGAGCUACAGGAGAAGGAGAUACGCCGGCGAAUGGACCCCAUUUUAACGUCGAAUGUGGAAGAGGAAAGGCGAUCCUGGAGGGAGAUCGAACAGCGAUAUGAUGCGGUGGUGCUGAAGGAGUUGCAAGAGGCACAUUGGCGCAUGGGGGGCCCCGAAGUAGCAGAGGGCUAUCGCAGGCGACACAACUUGAAACCCCGUGAUCGACAUAUCCGGCCGCCCAGGGGGCUGGGCGGAGGCAGGCACAGAGACCCCCCAGUGGAGGUGCAUGACCGCAUGGAGAUUGACCCCCCUGUGUGGCUCUUUGGUGAUAUGCACCGGAAACGCAAGGAAUGUCAGGAGGACACUACGUUGGGGGAUGGGGGUGAGGUGGGGAUUGAGAAGCGGCAGUGUGGUCCUAGUACGCAGCCGGCUUCGGCAACUUCUAGGCCCGCGGCCACGGAUGCGCGGGUUGACGAUCACGUACAACCGGCUGAAGUGGGGAAUGGAUGGGGGGGGGGGGGGGGGGACGAUCUGGUCGAUAAAGAGGCUUCUGUUCAAGAGCGAGGCUCUCAGUUUGAGGGCUCCAACGAGCCAUUGAUCCUGGUUGACGCGCAUGUACAGGGGAUGGAGGAUAAGGUGGAGGGAACAGAGCAGCAACCGGUGGCCAAGCCGGCAACCCUUGUGGAACAGGAGUGUAGGGCCCACGGGCAGCCGACCCCGACUGAUACCCAAGUACAGGGGAUGGGGAGUAUGGUGGCGGGGUCUGAUCAGCAUGUGACGCAGGAGCGACGGGUGCACCCACCAGGGAUGGAGCGUGAAGAGGAGGGGGUUGCGAAGCACACAUCGGUUACCCCCCCGGAGGAGCGGGUACGGUGGGCGGGCGUAGUAAAGGAAAAGGUAAACUCUGAUGCGGAAUGUCACCGGGAAGGGAAAGCGUGUGUCCCUGAAUGGGAUAGGGAAUGGGGGUGUGGGGAGACGAGUGGAGGACGGGCAGACGAGGCCCAGUCACUGUCCCCCCCCCCGGAGGAGGAAGCUGGCAAGGUGGAGGAGGGGGUCGCAAAGCAUACAUCGGUUUCCCCCCCGGAGGAGCGAGAACGGGGGGCGGACGUAGUAAAGGGAAAGGUAAACUCUGAACACCGGGAAGGGAAAGCGUGCGUUAGGGAGUGGGGGCGGGGGGAGACGAGUGAAGGACGGGUGGCUGAGCCCCCCCCCACGGCGGAGGAGAUAUUGGUGGGGAAGGGGGAGGGUAGAUCUGAUAGGCAAGCACUUCGGGUUUCGGGGGGGGAGACAGGGCAAACCAAGGAGGUGCUGCGUGAGCUUGGGGGGGAAUGUAAGCAGAAGGGACAGAUGGGGCUGGAUGAGAUCAGGUUAGGGAAAGUGCCGGAGGACAUUAAUGAGGCCAAUGGUUGGUCGAAUGAGGAGGUAGUGGAAUCUUCGGGACGGUUGGAUGAAGAAGGGGGGGGGGGGAAUAGAAAGGACAGCACGCUAGGGGGGAAGGUGGGGGAGAGUGAGAUGCUCCCAGGGGGAGGGCAGACACGAGGGGAAGAUAAGCAAGUGAAGUUUGACACAUACAGGAAGGCCGGGGAGGAGGAGACGUUGGGGGGGAGUAGCAAGGAAUGUAUGUCUGAAGGAAAGAUCGGGGAGAGUGAGGCGAUUCAAGGGGGAGGGCAGGAACGGGAAAGGACGGGAGAGAGUGGUGGGAAGGAGAAGGUGGGCGGGGGGGGAAGGGAGGAAAAGGCUGGGUCCGGGGAUAGAUCGAGGAAUGGAGAACCACCUUUGGGGCAGCAGCAGGAAUGCUGGCUCCUUAUCCCUUAUGGUUGUACAGAAACGGGUGCGGAGUCAACAAAUGUGCACAUCCCAGUCCAGGGGGAUGCGAAAGAAGGCGAAUCAGGCGACGUGGAGGUGGUGGACCUCGCUGCUAGCCUGUCAGCCCUCUCCCCCCCCCCCCCCCCUCCUCCCCCCUCCCACAAAUGUGAGCCCACUGCUGUGUCAUUGGACAGUGGAUCGGUGGGCAUGCUGAGACGUCGGCGGAAGCUGUUGACCUCGGGACCGCCCAUAUCGAGCCCUGCGAAGGUAGGAAUUUCCUUACAGCAAGCAGCAGGGGCGAUCCAAUCCGAUCGAGAAGAGGCGCGACGCGAGCUGCAGGCACAGGCGGACGCAAAACCGAAGAGGCGGGAUCGGUCCCGCUCCCCGGCUGGUCGUAAGGUGCAGCCGCUUAAAGACGAAGACCGAUGGGUGUCCCCGCAGCGAAGACUCAUUGAAGAGGAGGAGUUGCAGAAUAAGAUGGCCGAGGAGGGGCUGGCGGAAGGCAGGGAGGAUGCGCAAACCCGCCAGYCUGCCCCGGAUUUGGAUGAGCCCAUGAUAGGGGAUGAAGGUGGGGACUCGACGGAUGACAGGGGCGGAGCGAUGGAUGAGGACAUGGAUAUCAAUGAGGGAAUGGAAGCAGACAUGGAUAUUACUACAACGGUGAAGGGAUCGCUACAGGAAAUAUUAGCUGUCGGCGAGUGUUAUGUCUGCCCGGUGAUGCUAUGGUGGGCGGAGCAAGGUAUUAAGGUGGUCACGAAAGGCAAUACGGAAUUCUUCGUCUAUGCGGCACGCUCCCUCCCCAAGAACCCGAAUAUUAUCAGACAG